AGCCGCCGGGCGGUUCCGGGGCAGGGGCCGGGCGGAGGCUGCCGGGAGGGAAGAUGGCCGCCACCAAGCGGGUGCUGUACGUGGGCGGGCUGGCCGAGGAGGUGGACGAGAAGGUGCUUCACGCCGCCUUCAUCCCCUUCGGAGACAUCACCGACAUCCAGAUCCCGCUGGACUACGAGACCGAAAAGCACCGAGGAUUUGCCUUCAUUGAAUUUGAGCUGGCGGAGGAUGCUGCAGCAGCUAUUGACAACAUGAAUGAAUCUGAGCUCUUCGGCAGGACAAUCCGUGUGAACUUGGCCAAACCAAUGCGGAUUAAAGAAGGAUCAUCAAGGCCUGUCUGGUCGGAUGACGACUGGCUGAAGAAGUUUUCGGGGAAGACUCUGGAGGAGAACACAGAGGAGGGGGGAGCAGAGGCCCCCAAAGCAGAAACGCAGGAGGGUGAGCCUCCUGCUAAGAAAUCCCGAGCCAACCCUCAGGUUUACAUGGAAAUCAAGAUCGGCAACAAACCUGCCGGGCGGCUCCAGAUCCUCCUGCGCUCGGAUGUGGUACCCAUGACCGUAGAGAAUUUCCGCUGCCUCUGCACCCACGAGAAGGGCUUCGGCUUCAAGGGGAGCAGCUUCCACCGCAUCAUCCCCCAGUUCAUGUGUCAGGCUGGAGACUUCACCAACCACAACGGCACCGGAGGCAAAUCCAUCUACGGGAAGAAGUUUGACGACGAGAACUUCAUUCUGAAACACACGGGGCCAGGACUGUUAUCGAUGGCCAACUCCGGCCCGAACACCAACGGCUCCCAGUUCUUCAUCACAUGCGAUAAAACAGAUUGGCUGGACGGGAAGCACGUGGUGUUCGGCGAGGUGACGGAGGGCAUGGACGUGGUGCGGCAGAUCGAGGCUCAAGGUACCAAAGAUGGGAAGCCGAAGCAGAAGGUGAUCAUCUCGGACUGUGGGGAGUGUGCGUGACCUCAGCUCGUGGAGGAGGCGGGAUGGGGCGGCCGUCUCCAGCCUGGCCCGGAGGGGCCGGAGACGCGGCUGGAUCGGGAAGCCCCGCGACCCGCUCGCAAAGCCCAGCUCCCGCGAUUCCCGUGGAAAGCACUACGCAAAGCUUGGCUUGACAGCUCCAGCCUGCACGCGGCGCUGCGGGGUGGGGGCCGACCUCGGGGGGACAGCGGCCCGUCUCGGAAAACACCGUCCGCGGCAUCUCCGGAGCCAGGCAGGACCCGUUCUGCUGGUGUGUUUGAUAAAGACUUGCUGCUUGAUGAAAAUAAAACCUAGUUUUAAAAAUA